AUGACAAAUAAAAUGUUGGCGACACGCAAAAUCUGUCUCCACACGACUACUUCCUUUCUGACGCAGACCACAUUCGACUUGCACUGGACGCCUAUUCGAACCCGCGGCACCAGAUCAAGGGCACCGGUACAUCUUUCUGGAAGUAGCAAAUGUUUGGCGGUAUCGCAGUUUGCUUUUGCGUUGAACAGUAUUUCAAGAUUUCCUUCUCGUCCCAUUCAAACUGGAGCGUCUAUCUGUACACUCAUCCGGAAUUUACGCAAACCGGAGGCCUCAUCAGCUCCACUCGGAUCGAACAGAAAGCCUAUACCACUUUGUACAGACUGCUUCGGUCCGAAUCGCUUGGAGAUUGUUGCGGAUCAUCGGCUAGUCGAAUCUCGCAGCUCCUCACUCGCUAUUCAGCAAGCUAGCAUGCAUCCCUGUCCUAUUUCGACUUAA